AUGAGUUGUAUUACAAAUACAUACCAACAGUCUAAAUCGGGACGUUCCGGUGUUGUCACUACUAGUCCAGUAGGUCUAGACCUAGGUCUAGGUCAAGCUCAUCUAGGUCUAGAAAGUAAAUGCGAUUACUGGGAGUUCAGGGAAUUUGAGCAGGCUAAUUGGUGGCAAAUUAAUUUGCAAAUAAUAAGUGGCAGUUUGUGGUGGAAAGACAUCAUUGUUUAUAACCAAAGUUAUUGUCAAAACAGGGGACUUAAAUUAUAA